AUCGGCGGCGACUCCGCCCGCCCUCAGACGGCCGACUUGGCUUUCCGCGGGGGAGCGCGGCGCUCUCUUCCAAAUCAAAUUGGAGGUACAAGACGGGCCACUGAUCAUUUUAGUCUUGCAUUGCAUCAGGUCAAACAGAGCGUUACUUGUGUCCCCGCCCACAAAUUGCACCGCCCCCUUCAACUCGAUGGCGGCGAUGCUGUCCACAACGGAUGGAGUCAACGGGGGAAGGAGAGGGAGCAAGGAUGCUGGGUGACGGCGAUGAAGCCGCCUCCUUCCUGUCUCUCUCUCUCUCUCUCUCUCUCUCUCUCUCUCUCGAGUGCGUCAGAGCCAUAAAAGCCCCCCCCCUUUGUCCGGACGCACCCAGCAGCGAAGCGCCCUCCUCACUGCGCACGCCUCGCGCCAAGUCCCAGCGCGCUUUUACGCGCGCGUCUCGACGGACCCGACCGCACCUGAUCCGGUCGCGAUGGACGACGACGACGUCCCGUCCCAGCUGUCCGGCACCAACUCCAGCGGCGACGGCGGGCGGGCGCCCUGGGACGUCGGGGAGUCGGGCGCGUACGCGGCCGUGCGCGGCGUCAUGACCUCGGCGUACGCGCUGAUCGUGCUGGUGGGCGCGCUGGGCAACGGCACGCUGCUGAAGAUCUUGGCGAGCGCCGGCGCCAUGAGGAGCGCGCCCAACAUCUUCAUCGGCAGCCUGGCGGCCGGAGACCUGCUGCUGCUGGUCACCUGCGUGCCGGCGGACGCCUUCCGCUUCUUUUCCGACCGCUGGAUGCUCGGGGAGGCCGCCUGCAAGCUCCUGCCCGCCGUGCAGCUCACCUCCGUCGGCGUGUCCGUCUUCACGCUCACGGCGCUCAGCGCCGACAGGUACAAGGCCAUCGUGAAGCCCAUGGACAUGCGCACGUCCAGCGCGCUCUUGUGGACGUGCGCCAAGGCCGGCGCCAUCUGGCUGCUGUCCGUCCUGCUGGCCAUUCCGGAGGCCGUCUUCUCCCAGGUCGUCGCCAUGCAGGGCGGCGAGAACGGGACCUUCCUCAACUGCGUGCCGUACCCUCUGUCCGAGCGGACGCACCCCAAGGUGCACGCCGCGGCGCUCUUCCUGGUCUACUUCCUGCUGCCGCUGGCCGUCAUCUCCGUCUACUACUACCACAUCGCGCGCACGCUCAUGCGCAGCGCGCGGGACAUGCCGGGCGAGGUCAGCGAGCACACCAAGAGACAGAUGGAGACGAGGAAGCGGCUGGCCAAGACGGUGCUGGUCUUGGUGGCUUUGUUCGCAGCGUGCUGGCUCCCCAACCACCUGCUCUACUUGUACCGCUCCUUCCGCUACCAGCGGACGGACGAGUCGCUGGCUCACCUCCUGCUCACGCUGCUGGCGCGCAUCCUCAGCUUCUCGUCGUCCUGCGUCAACCCGUUGGCGCUCUACCUGCUCAGCGACAGCUUCCGGCGACACUUCCAAAGUCAGCUGCGAUGCGGCGGCGGCGGCGGCGGAGGAGGCGGACGUCCCGACCGUCAGGCCAGCUACCUGAACAGCACGUCCCACAUCCGGCUGACCUCCGUCAGAAAGGCCGCGGCGACCGGCGCCAACCGGCAGGAAGCGUGAGCGCGCCGACGGCGAGCGGGAUGAGGUCACGUGACGCCGGCCGGGAUGCCGCGGCCGGGAAGGGAGCGCGACUUCCUCGACCCGGCCGCUCUUACUUUGCUCUCGUUCCUUCAUGU